UUGCAAAUACACCAGCAGAGGGCAGUGAACAUUUCUCUCGCAACAUGGCAAAUCCUCGUGUUUUCGUUCUGUCGGCUAAAAAUUUAUUAAACAAUUACGGCUUGGCCAAGUGCAAUCUCGCGAUUUUCGGAUACAGAGAAUACAGUGUCUUUCCGAAGAGUUACAUUAAUCCGACAUUCAGGAAAGAUGAGCAGGAAACAUUGCUUCAAAGCGAAGAGGCCAAAAUAGUCAGUCAUUCUUUGAUCCGACCGGCAUUGACGACUGAUACAUCCUCCGAAUUUUACGAUCCUAUAGUGCUGAAAUUCAUAAAUGUUCUUAUGAAAAAGGGGAAUAAAGUAUUGGCAAAAUUUCUGGUGACCAAAGCUUUCGAGAAUGUCAAGAGAAUACAGAUUCAACAUUAUCACAAGGCAAUGGACGAAGAGAAGAAGAAGAUCGAGCUGGACCCAUUUUCGAUCUUUCAUCAUGCUCUCACCAAUUGUACACCAGUUUUGCAUUUGGAAUCGUAUAAAAAAGGUGGAAUCAAAUAUCAGGUACCAGCACCAAUUAAACCCAAAUUAGCACAGCAUAUAGCAAUGAAAUGGUUGAUAGAGGCUGCUAAUAGUAAAGAACAUGAGGAGAGAUUUUACACUACAUUAGCCAGGGAAUUAGUGUUGGCUUCUCAGAAUCAGGGUGGUGCUGUUAGACGGAAACUGGAAUUACACAGGAAGUGUCAUGAGAACCGGGCUUACGCGCACUUCAGGUGGAUGUAGAUGUAGUAAACGUAGACUUUAUAUAUAAAUAAAAUAAUUAAAAAAUGCAACGACUA